UUUUAAGGCCGUGCUAUGAAAUUUGCGGUCUUUUGGUACGGCAUAGGGAAAUCACUGUGUGCAGUGUUCAUUGUCAUGGCUUUGCUGCAAUCGUCUUUGGCCCCUUGAGGCAAAAGGCGGUUUGUUUCAGUUUCACCUCGUCUCCUGUUCUCUUUAUGAAAUUUCUCUCAGCAUUCUCAGUUAUAUCAGGCUCUUCUCCCCUAACUUCUCUCCAUCUGUCAGACUCUCAGAGUUACUGUAGAUUUUGUGAGGAGGAAUUGGAACGUGAGCUGUGACCUACAAGCCAAUUUCCCCAGGUGGAUAAACUCCACUACAGGCCACAGAGGGGCCUCCUUAUUCCAGUAAUCUGGCCAGGCUGACGGACUUGUAGCCUGUGGGGGCUGGGGAGGGGGCGGGGGCCAGUAUUUCUUGGGCCGCUAAGGAACUGCCUGAACCUUCGCAGUGCAGGCACAGGAGGCGGGAGCCCCUGGGGUGAUCUCGUCGCCUGUGCUGGGGAUGCCUGGGCAGAUGUGGAGGCAGCUGGAAAGGUGGCACCGCACUUGGAUCGCUGGGGCCGCGCUGUUCCUAGGAGACGGAGGAGCAGCAAGCCUGCGGGGGAGGGGGAGCAAGUGGGUUGCUGCUUUUAGCAGCUGAAAGGGCUGCAGGGAGCUCUGGGUAAGACAUUUUCUGCUGCUGCUGCUGCUGCUUCUGCGGUAGAAGCUGCUGGGAGUAAGUCAGAGGAAGGAGGAUCGAGAGGGAGGAGGCUUCGUUCGCAGCCAUGCUGAAUCACUGUUGCUGAUCAGAUCUCCUGUUGGUUGGCGGGGAGAACGGAGAACAGAGCUAGGAUCUCCGGGUGCAUGCACAGUUCAGCAGCUGCCACCCCAGCUGGGCCUCGCACAAUGGACGGUGAAAGCAUCAAGCUGAGCUCCCAGCCCCCGGUUCAGGCGGGGGGUGAUGAGAAGAACCAGAGGACGAUCACUGUCAACUCUGCCCACAUGGGGAAGGCGUUCAAGGUUAUGAAUGAACUGCGGAGUAAACAGCUGUUGUGUGACGUGAUGAUUGUGGCGGAAGAUGUCGAGAUAGAAGCCCACCGUGUGGUCCUGGCAGCCUGCAGCCCCUACUUCUGUGCGAUGUUCACAGGUGACAUGUCUGAGAGUAAAGCCAAGAAGAUAGAAAUCAAGGACGUGGAUGGGAGGACACUGAAUAAGCUGAUCGACUACAUCUAUACGGCGGAAAUUGAGGUGACUGAAGAGAACGUCCAGGUGCUGCUCCCAGCGGCCAGCUUGCUGCAGCUCAUGGACGUUCGGCAGAACUGCUGUGACUUCCUACAGUCUCAGCUGCAUCCUACCAACUGCUUGGGCAUCCGCGCGUUUGCAGACGUGCACACCUGCACUGACCUUCUGCAGCAGGCCAACGCUUACGCAGAGCAGCACUUUCCAGAGGUGAUGCUGGGGGAAGAAUUUCUUAGCCUAAGUCUGGACCAGGUGUGCAGCUUGAUAUCCAGUGACAAGCUGACCGUUUCUUCAGAAGAGAAGGUAUUUGAAGCUGUGAUUUCAUGGAUCAAUUAUGAGAAAGAAACCCGUUUAGAGCACAUGGCAAAACUGAUGGAACAUGUUCGUCUUCCCCUCUUACCAAGGGAUUACCUGGUCCAGACGGUUGAAGAAGAAGCUUUGAUAAAGAAUAACAACACCUGUAAGGACUUCCUCAUUGAGGCCAUGAAAUACCAUCUGCUCCCUCAGGAUCAGAGGCUCUUGAUUAAGAACCCAAGGACCAAGCCGAGGACUCCAGUCAGCCUUCCCAAGGUCAUGAUUGUGGUUGGUGGCCAGGCCCCCAAGGCGAUCCGCAGCGUGGAAUGCUAUGACUUCGAAGAGGACCGGUGGGACCAGAUCGCUGAGCUUCCCUCCAGGAGAUGCAGAGCAGGUGUGGUGUUCAUGGCUGGUCACGUGUAUGCUGUGGGCGGGUUUAAUGGCUCGCUGCGCGUGCGGACAGUGGAUGUGUAUGAUGGCGUGAAGGAUCAGUGGACGUCCAUUGCCAGCAUGCAGGAGCGCCGGAGCACUCUGGGUGCAGCCGUGCUCAAUGACCUGCUCUAUGCCGUGGGGGGCUUUGAUGGCAGUACUGGCCUAGCGUCCGUGGAAGCCUACAGUUACAAGACCAACGAGUGGUUCUUCGUGGCCCCAAUGAACACGCGGCGGAGCAGCGUGGGUGUGGGUGUCGUGGAGGGGAAGCUGUAUGCUGUCGGGGGUUACGAUGGGGCUUCCCGCCAGUGCCUGAGUACCGUGGAGCAGUACAACCCGGCAACCAAUGAGUGGACGUAUGUGGCGGACAUGAGCACGCGCCGCAGUGGCGCAGGGGUCGGGGUGCUCAGUGGCCAGCUGUAUGCCACCGGCGGUCAUGACGGGCCCCUGGUGAGGAAGAGCGUUGAAGUUUAUGAUCCUGGAACAAACACCUGGAAGCAGGUGGCAGAUAUGAAUAUGUGCCGGCGUAAUGCAGGAGUCUGCGCAGUGAACGGGCUCCUGUAUGUGGUUGGAGGGGAUGACGGAUCCUGCAACCUGGCUUCGGUGGAAUACUAUAAUCCCAUCACUGACAAAUGGACGCUGCUGCCGACCAACAUGAGUACGGGGCGGAGCUAUGCAGGUGUUGCUGUGAUUCACAAGCCCUUGUGACCCACAGGCCCACGGCCAGGAGGUAGAGGCAGGGGAAGGGUGCUGCCUGUGGUUCAGAGCAGCGCCGCCAUGACUGUCGGUGCCACUCGCCGCCGGAGUCCGCAGUGGAGCAAGACAUGCCCUCCUCCAAAGUGGCCGAGUGGCGUCCGGCGUGGAGACUGGUGAUUGCCUCCUGCUCCCCUGAAGUGUUCGGGACUCCCCCCUGAGCAGUGGGUUCCUAAAGCUCCAGGCAGCACCUGGGGGCUUUUUUGUGUGUUUCUACAUGAACACCCAAGAACAUGGGGACAAUGUGUGUGUGUGUGUGUGUGUGUGCGCGGAACAUGAUGUUUCACGAAGUUGGGGGAUGUGUGACAAUCUACUGGAUUUCUUUACUACUGAUCCUUCUGUGCUAAAAAUCAAAUCACAGAAACCUCUCUUCCGGAUUUGCCCUGUGGGAACCCCGAGAUUCCUAAAGCUGCUGACCUCUGGAGGUCUGGGAGGACAGGCCAGGAAUGUCCAGAAAAUGACUAGUGAUGGGGGCGUUGCUUUGACCAUGCCCACAGACUGACUUUGACUCCUGGCAUGGUCUGCAGAAGAGCUGGGCAUUCUUGAAUCUCCGGUGUGUCUUCUGUGUGCAAGAACUGGGAACAGUUGGGGUCCCCAGCCCCUCCACUGGGUGCUCUUCCUUGGGCUUUCCUUCAGGAAGCAGAUGAGAACCAUCUGGUCCUUGGACCACUGGUCUUUGAGGUUGUGGAUUCCAAGCUUGGGAGAUUUUGUGUCUCUUCAAUUGGGAAAACUAGCUCUUUGGAGAAGUCCUGAGUAUCACACUGGAGAAAAAAAAAAUGUACACCCACAUAUAUAUACACACGAACAACUAAAACAAAACAACAAACCAAAGUGGCAAGGCAGUUCCUGCCAAAAAUGGUCUCAGAGAGGAUCCUACUUCUGGGUUUUCCUGGGAUGGGACAGUCCCCAUCUAUACUUACUAUCCAUGCUUAAUUCUUCCUAGCAGCCCAUUUUACUCUCAGAAGUGUCCUGGUUUGGAGAAUAAAUAAAAGGUCACCCUGCCUCCAAACCCAGAGAUAGUUUUGCCCCUGCCUUAGGGGUCCUAUAUGAUCUAGAUGGCUGUGGAUGACCUCAAGGGAGCAUACCAGCUGGGGCUGGGCCUCAGCACUAGAUGGCGAUGGUCAAGUCUGUCUGAGGUCCUCGUCUUCCUUUCCUUGUGCUCUCCCCCUGUUCCAGGGCCUGUACCCUCAGAAUACUCUCUUCCUCCUCGUUUCUCCUGAGUGGGAGGAGAUGGUGGUCAAUGCCCAGGAUGUGUGAUCUCUCUCAGGGAUACUUGCAUUUUAAAAGAGGAGCUUGGUGAGAGCUUUGCUAAUUCACUGGUAGAAAUUAUUAAUGAUAGAACGUCAAACAUCUGGAGGGGGUGGUGGGUAUUUGAGGAAUGAUCUUCAUUAAAGAAAGAAAGAAAGAAAGAGGAAAGAAAGGAAGGAGGAAGGCAGGAAGGAAGAAAGGUGAAUCUGUUCCUCACCUUGCAAGUCACUUAUGUUGGAAUUUGUGGCAUAAGGAGGGAAGGUCUUGUGUCUUGAGUACUCUGACAUCAUCAGGGCUGGGCUUUAAUGCUCCCUGAUUUUGGGGUCCACUUACAGGAGUCAAAGGGCGUUAUGAAACCUGAUGUGGGACUUCUGAUCUAACUGGGCUACUUCCAAGCAGAUCCUGCAGGAGCCUGGCAUCCCCUCCAGCUCCCGGCUGCAGUUAGAAAGCCAGUAGCCUCCCUAGCUAGCUGGCCUUUCUGUGUAUUUACUGUGUAUUUUUUGUGCACUAAACACUCAACUCUCUUGAAGAAGAAACGACUUCUGUUGUUGAGCAGAUGUUAUGUCAGUGAGACAUUUGGAGGGCAGCACCAAGGCAUCCGGAAUUCUUAGCAUCAAGGCAUCUGGAAGAGGCUGGAAUAUCCAGCUUUGUUGGGCCUGGAGGAAAUGUCUCCAAAGGAAUCAAGGCAUGCCUUCAUUUGGGUGCUGUGCUCUCACUUGGCACUGGAGAUGACUGUGGCUUCAGAGCUGUGCUGGGCUCCGAGGCUGAAAAAAUGAGCUUUUUGUUGCAAACGUUUUUCUUCCUGGCCUGAGGAGGAUUUGGGACUCAGUUUUGGUUCCUGGUGGGGAUGAGGCUGGGGGAUGGGGUCCCUCAUGUGCUGUUCACACAGCUCCUGAUUUCAGAUGAAAGGUGAACUUCCCACCCCUUUUCCCAACACCUAGGAGCUAGACUUGGAUGCACAUGUGGGGGAGGUUCUUGUUUUUAAUCUGCCCAGAGCGAGUCCCUUCCCUGAGAGCACGCUGGCCAUGGUUUCUGCUCUUGGGGUGUUUGCUAUUGGUUCCACCUGCCGGGAAGCACUGCUCCCUGCUGGUAGUAUUGCUGAGGCCAUGGUCACCUCAUCCUCACAUGUCCUUUCUCACAGGGACUCCAGCACUGGUACGUCACCACCAAAAAGCCAUUCGGCUCUUGCUGCCCACAGAUGCCAUUUAAAACCUGCUAUCUCUCUAUCACUAGGUACGAUUCUCUCUCCACAGUGAACACAGCCCACUUGAUUUCAGGUCCGUGCUGGUCACGUGGUAGGUGAACCCCUCAUCGCCACCCCCCCCCCCCCCCAGUUUGGUGGCCGCAGCUGCUUGUGCAUGCAGCUUUGCGGGGAGGUGUAUCUGAAAGCUGAUCACGGUGAUGAAAUGGAAUUGCGGCCCAAGGUUAGAAGCUGCUUAGACGCCGCUUGGAUACUGAUUUGGACAUCACAGAAGUCAGACUCUGAAUUCCAAAGUUCCUUUUCCUCAGUACCUAAUGGCAUCUCUCCUUCUAAAAAGUUGCAGUAUUAUGCAAAUGAAACUGACCUCAUUUUCUUCUAUGCAAUAAGAAUACUUAAUUCUGUUUCACGACAAACCAGUUGCAAUAUCCCCUAACAUGCUUUUGAGCGGUGUUACUUUGAUAUCUGUUGUGUAAUAUUUGUAUAUUCCUGAGCCAGAGCCUUUCAAAGAUUGCCUUUUUAUAAAACUGAAGCUAUAGCAUUCAGGCUAAACUUUUAAUGUAGAUAUUUUUAUAAGAUCAUUUUUUAGGAUAUCUGAAUUGAUUUUUAUUAUCCAUGAUAAUGAAGUGUUGUGUUCCGUAAGUCAUUCCAUCUCCUAGUUCAUGCCUGUAGCUAUUUUCUGUCUGCUUGUCACCCUCCAGAAACUGAUUUUUUUUUUUUUUUUUAGUACUUCCAGAUAGAUGAAUCUUUCUGACUUUGAGUCUUCUUUCUGAUGCCAUAUUCAAGGGAGAUUGCUGGAAAGCACAAUCCCUGGUGUUUCUGGAAUUGCUUAGGGACUAAUGUUUAGCCUGACUCAGCAAUUCCCCAACUAUGUUGCCUGGCCACUUUGUUUUUGGAGUAGGCUCUUUGCAGAGGGGAGGCUGGUUGGCCCAUCUCCUGGUGGCUCUCACUGCCUGGUGCUGAGCCUGGCAUGCAGUGGCAUGGAGGCACUCGAGAAAGGGCUGCCCUGCAGUGCCUACUCCCAGGAGUUUCCUAGAUCUGGCAAACCAGUUCUCAUUCUCUUCUGCCCCUCAUUCUUCCAAAGCCUCCACCAGCUAAAGGCCUUUGUUGCUGGAGGAUAUCCCUUUUGGAAGCAUCUCCUCUAUGAACUUUAGAAGAGGGCUUACUCCUCACGAUCAUUAAGAAUGUGUUAAACUUGUGCUUUAUAGAUGCUCACAGUAUACCUAAAACUUUCUUCCUGAGCUGUGUCUGCACUCCAGGCUUUAUUUUAUGUAUUUAUCUGCCAUUAGCCUCAUUAAACAGGUCUUUUAUUUUUAUUAUUAUUGGGACAGGUGCCAUUUCAAUUGCCUCCAUGCUCCCUGUUUGCACCUUGUUGGAUCAGGUUGGGAGGUUGAGCAAACUCAUAUUCCAGUUAGCUGGAGUUUUUAAAGCUUUGUUUGUGUGGAGAGGCAAAGAGAUUAGAAUUUUUUUUUUUUUAAGUGUUUGCACUGUUUAGAGUCCUAAGCCCCUCGUGUUUAGCUGUGCUGUGUGUGCCGUGUGACCGAGCAGGUGAGCCAGCAGCAUUUUCGACAUUUGGGAAGGGAAGAGACUUCUCUAGUGGAUAACCACCGCCUCAUAGCCCCUGCACAGCCUUUGUCAUGGGGCUGAGUGACUCAUGGGUAUGGCAUUAGCCAAGGGAGGAAGGCAUGUGACGGUGGCAUCUGGAGAAACAAAUCGCCCUAGUACUAUGUUCUUGCCCACGGCUAUGAGAUUGAAAACCAUUCUCCCCUGUUUUUCAGUGGCAAUAAAGGACACUUGUUGGAUUUUUUGUUUAAUUUGUAUAUGAUGUAUAAAAUACUUUGAAAGAAGACUCAAGACACUGAAUGUGUAUGUCUGUGUGGGUGCUCUGUCCAUGUGGUUGUCCAUAGGCUACCUGACUUGAUCACUGAUGCCCUGUGAACACACUGCUUCGGUCAGGUCCUUGAUCUCCUAUUCUCUGCUUGGAUCUUAGAGCCCAUCUAUCCAGCAAACAAACACUUGUCCCAGGCUCCAUCAGUUACAGCGAUAGCCGAAGAAACCGUUCCUCAAAUGGAUGAUUUCAACAGCAAUCAAGUUCAAGUUUCCCAUACUUAAUGUUAAUAAAAGCUAAACUGUGAAAA